GUUGGCGGUGAGGGUGAACAUCCCUCUCAGUGUGUCCUGCGCUUCAUCAAACUGCUGCAGCAGCUGCCUGUUGUGCUGCCGGGCUGUGAGCUCUCUCUCCUUCAGCUCCUGUAGACGCUGCUGCAGGUGCAUCCUCCUGCUAUGUUGGUGACUCUGAGGGUCCGAGCGGUCGGCCUGAAUCAACAUCGGCGUGUUGACACUCCUGUGCUGUCUUUGUUUUGCGAAAGUGUCGGUCAGAUGCCCAAGAGACAGUGAAUUCUCCCUCGGUGUGGCCAUGACUGCCGGCUUUCAGUGGAUGCAGAGAUUAUCAGGGAUUAAGGUCUACACUCUGAAGGGGGAGGGACCUGCUCCCAGUCCACACAUGGGUCGUAACAGAGUUAAACAGCAGUGACAUCUUUUUAAAAGACACAGUUAACCAAAUGAUUUGAAAAUUCACGUACAUACAGAUUUUAAAGCCCUUAAUGUGGCAAAAUAUUACAAACUAAAUUCUACCUUAAUUACUCUGUCUUUCUUACUUUUAAUAUUAUUUUUAAAGCAGUUACUGGCACAUUCAUUUUAUUGUUGAAGGCAUUUUCAGAGUUUUUGGACCAAUAGUAUAACUUCUUAACUCAGGACACUUCUCCCUCCUCACUACAUGCUUCUGCUACCAGGAAAUAAACAAGGACAAACAGACCCGCCCCCCAAAAAACCAAACAAACAAAAAACACAAAAAAACAGAACAAAUAAAUACAAUAAAUAGAAUAGAAUAAAAAUAAGUAUGCAUACGGGGACUCAAGUAAAUUUUUUAUUAAGCAAUUUAUAUAAUUAUUUAUUCUAUUUAUUCUAUACAUGCAGUGAGCAUGUAUUUGUACAAACCUGUUUUAGGUUGGAGAAGAAAGCUGAAUAAACACAUAUAUUAUGCUUUAUGUGCACAUUAAAAAACAAAAAAAACACUCGUACUAACAAUCUACCAAUCGAACACAAAACUACUAUAACAACUCCAUCAGUUCUUCUGUCAUUUGUAUUUUAAAAAGCUCCACACAGUUGUUUUCAUGGGACUUUACAGGCGGAAGCACAGCGUGUUGUUUGUUUCACCGCGGAUGUAUUUUUAUGCAACACCCAUUGGCAGAAGCUUGUUUCCGUCCAGUAGCAGAUCAGCGGUGGAAACAGGACUGAGUUUAGAGUGAGUUACGGCGUCACACUUCACCUCUUACGUUACAUUAUUGUUUCCCGAAGAUACCUCAGGUAUUAUUAAUAUCACUCGGUUUAUUUAUUAGCGAGGACGAAGCUAACGGAGCGGUUAUUUAGCUAACCAAGCUAACUUGACAGUUAGCCGAGUGCGUCCGUCAAACCAGUCCUUCCAGUGACUCGAACAUCACGCAGAGCUGGACGGGCAGGAAACAUGACGAGUUUUGCCAGUAAAGUGUUCUGCCGGGUCGAGAGGGUUUGUCGACACCUCCCCGUGUUCCUCAACACCUUCCUGGUGUUCUCCAUCACCGGGGAGGUGAGCUACCUGGUGCUGGUCGAGGCUCCGCUGGAGGAGGACCAGCAGAAGACGGUGUGGUCCUCCAGGUGGAAGGCGGUCCACCUGCUGGCCCAGUACUUCAUGUUGGUCAACAUCUGCUGGAACGCCAUGCUCUUCCUCAGUGCCAACCCCAGCAUCAAGGGGGUGUUCCUGGGAGGAGAGGGCGUGGGUCAGGGGUGGAGGUACUGCUAUACAUGUGAGACACACACUCCUCCUCGCUGCUCCCACUGCUACGACUGCAAAGUGUGUGUGCUGCGGCGGGACCACCACUGCGUCUUUUUCGGCCAGUGCGUGGGCUUCCGCAACUACCGCUACUUCAUAUGCUGUUUGUUGUUCAUGUGGUCAGGCCUUCUGUACGCCACUCUGAUGAAUGCAGAGGUAUUCAUCGUCAUCCUGAAGGAGGGCGUGACGGUGCACAGCGUCCUGCUGCUGCUCAUACCCUGGAUCAUGCUGGUUUCAGGUCAGGUCUCAGCACGUGCCUUCGCCUUCGCCUUCAUCGCAGACACAUGCGUGGUGGGCUUCCUGCUGGUCUCCGCCUUCUUCUUCUUCCAUCUUUUCCUGAUGAUUCGGGGACAGACCACCAGGGAGUGGUACUCGACCCGCCGGCCCUACAGCCUUGGGCUCCUGGGCAACCUACGUAACUCUCUGGGCGUUCGCUGGUACCUAUGCUGGCUCUGCCCGCUCAUCCCAUCACCUCUGCCCGGAGACGGGAUUCACUUCCAGGUGACGGGAUCACUGGAGCCCAGCCGGUAACGACUGAAAGUCUGAAUGCUAAUGAGGCUGUGUGUCUUUACUUUCGUGGUGAUGGUUAAUUUUAUCGGGAUCAGCAGCAGCAGCAGGGAACAUCACCUCAGUUAAGGAGGAGGUAGCUUGGGAUGGGAAUAAGCAGGAAUAGUGUGGUUGUUAAGAUGUUAUCGUCCACCUGUAUCUUCUGCUGUGCCGAGACAAAGAGUAAGAGCAGAGCAGACGCUGACCUAAAGGUAAUCUGUACACUCGUUGAGGCUGGCCUCGGAUAAUAACACAGCAAAUGUGAGCGUUCCUCUUGAAUACUGAGCACUGAAAAUGUAUGUAAACAACACUGAAAUGAGAAUGUAUUUUUUUGAUUUAGAAACAUUAGUCAUUUUUACAUUUUUGCAACAAGCACUCGCAAUUGCUGUCUAUCACUCCAGGGUAGUUACGACCAUGACAACUCACAUCGACCUUUCUCGCACUGUUAACUUGCCUGAAGAUGAAGGUCAUGAAAACUUUUGCUUGCACUGCUCCUGAAUCAGCUGUUGUACGUCAGCUGCCAUGACGAUGAUAUGCUUGUGCUUACCACUUGUCCACAUCUGCUCUCGAGCUUCAGCUGAGAAGUCUUUACUGAAGAUUGUUGUUAGACAAUGAUAGCACUGAGGGUGGGGAGGGAUUAGCAGUGAUGCUGUAACACCUCAGGACAAGCUUUGUGUUAGAAAACUAUCUACAGAAAUUAUACAUUUUGCCAUUUACAGAAGAAUGUGAAGUCUACAUGUGGACAUCACUUGAACAGUGUUUCCCUCUCUUUCACAAACCAAACUAACGCACAGUGUAGCAACAUGGCGUGUAAUGACUCAAGCAACUGCUGUGUCCCAAUUCCCCACUGCAUGCUAAUUGUGCACAGUAUAUACUAUAUGUUAAUCUUUAUAGCAUCCGGCUUUUGCAUUUUGCAAAAAAAAAAACAGUUUUUUAUAACAGUUUUGAUACAAUACUAGCGCUGUGAGGCAUCAAUCAAUUUGUGACCUUUCGCUGUCAGAGCCAGUUUCAUUUAACAAGAGAAAAAUCAAAACAUUCUGUCGUUUUAUGUUAAGUUUUUUCACCUGGCAGUUUUAAGCAUACUUUAUGUUCUCACUCACAAUUGAUUUAGUGUGUAAUAGUGUGGAUUUGGGACACAGCUAAUGUGUCUUGCAGCACUUGAUCACUGAUCUAUUUUGUUCCUUCUCUUUUGCACUUUUGAUUUUGUAAUUUUGAUUCUCCUGGCCUUAAAUGUAGUGAAAAAAUGACCAGCCUUUGUUUUGACAGGUGCUCUUGUUUAUUCUACAGCCAAAAAUGUUGUUCUUAAGAAUUGUUUAUUGUUUACUUAAUAAAUAUAUAUAUAUAUAUAUAAA